AUGAGUGAAGAAACCAAUACCAAUCCCGCAACAGAACUUUUACCAUUUGAAGUGAUAGAUAAAACAAUUAAUCAACAAAUUUGGAUCAUAACAGACAGUAAAAGAGAAUACACCGGUAAAUUGGUUGGAUUUGAUGAUUUUGUAAAUGUUAUAUUGAAGGAUUGCGUAGAAUAUUAUAACAACGAAAAGAUAAAUGAGUUUAUUGAUGGUAAAGAAACGCUAAUAAAUGGCCAAAACAUUACUCUAUUGGUACCUGGUGAAAGACAAGAAAUGUAUUGA